AUGAAAAAGCUGGACGAAACGCGCCUUCCUCCCAAGGAGGACUUCUUCUCAUCGCUAACAAAUGAGGAAAUUUCCAACGAGGAUUAUGCCAGAGCACAGGAGGUGUGGAAAGGAUUUGAAUGUAAAACCCUGUGGGACUACUCAGAGGUCUACCUAAAAACGGAUAUCGACCUUCUGACGGACAUAUUCGAGGACUUCCGGAAAAUGGCCAAGAAUACCUAUGGUUUGGAUCCGUUAUGA